GGUUAUAUUUCGCGACGUGUGAGCAACGCAACCAGUCGCAUUCGCAGCGUCCGCACGACCACUGCGUACGGCCUUGUGACCAAUAAACACGCGAAUAUUAUCGUAAAAUAAGAAAUACAUCAAUAUAAAGUGCCCAGUUCUCAAUUACCGAACGACUGAUAUUUUUUGUUUGAAGUUUAAAACAGUAAAUCAUGUCUGCUGAUCAAGUGUUCCACUCAAGAUCUGAAGGUAUACCUUCCGAGGGAGUAAAGGAUCAGUAUGCAGAUGGAAAGGCAGCCAGGACAUGGAACAAAUUCAUUGGAGACAGCAACGAGAGGACACAGAAUUAUAAGGACUUCUUGAUUGGACUCCUCAGGAAAAAUGGUUGCAAGAAAAUCUUGGACACAGCUUGCGGAACUGGGAUAGACUCCAUGAUGCUGGUAAAUGAAGGCUUCAAGGUGGUGUCAGUGGACGCCUCAGACAAGAUGUUGAAGCACGCUCUCAAGGCGCGAUGGGAGAGGAGAAAAGACUCGAAGUACGAUGAGUGGAUCAUCGAAGAAGCUAACUGGGAGACUUUACCCCGGGACAUUGAAGCUUUCCUACCCAACACACAAUUUGACGCCGUCAUCUGCCUAGGAAACUCCUUCGCCCAUCUUCUAGAUGAGUACGGCGACCAAAGGAUGCAGAAAAUGUGCUUAAGGAACUUCGCUAAAUGUCUGAAACCUGGCGGUCUGUUAUUCAUUGACCACAGGAAUUACGAUGCCAUUAUCGAUAGUGGCGCCACACCUGGACACUCUAUUUAUUACAAUUGCAAAUACCCAGUGGACAUCAAAACAUCGGUGUUAGUCGUGGGCGGCAAGGCUCAGCUGGUCGCGUUAGAUUACUGCAUCAACGACGACGCCAACAGCGAGAAGAGCGAAUUCCGUCUGUGCUACUUCCCUCACAAACUGGACAAGUUCACCGCAAUGCUGGAUGAGGCAUUCGAUAACCGCGCCAAACACGAAAUCUACGCCGACUUCAAGCCAAUGAGCGCAGUCCCAGUACCCAGCUUUUAUAUUCACGUGUUAGAAAAAGCUUGAGAUUGAUAGAUAAAAUCUAAAAUAGUAAUAAAUUGUUAUAAUUUUUUACCUACAUUUUUUAUUCCAAUUUUAUAUAGAAAACCAAAUUAAGGCGAGGUCAUAUCUAGUGUUUUUAAUCUGUACCAAUUUAUAUAAUGCUUAAAAAGCAAUAUAAUUUAUUGUAAAAUUGUUCCAAAUUAAUAUUGUUGUGAGAGUACAAAAUUAAUUGUCUAAUAGUUAGGUAUAACUUUUAGAUUUAAUCUAAAAUGUUAAGAGUGACAUUACUUUGUAGACUACAAAUGACAAAUGUGAUGAAAUAAAAAUUGUUAAGUUGUUUA